UUUCGGAAACUAUGAUCGGGUUAAUUCGAUCAUAUGGAUUAGAGAUCCUUACGUUCGAAAUGUAAUCCAAUUUCAGAUAUAAUCGUUCGGAAUGCAUAAAAAUGGAUCGGAUUUUAAUCAUAUGAUGUGAUCCUUCCUACCCUACCAAUUUAGUGGGUAAAAGAAAAAUCCUAAAACAGCUGUUUAAUCUAACCUCGAAAAUUUUGUAGUUUUUGGCGGCUAUCUGAUGUUUUCUAUAGUCCUUUCUGGUUCUUUCCUGUAUGUUCCUAUAUUAGGAUUAGUACUUGUAUUAGUACCGAAAUUGGUGUUUCCGACAAAGAUAAUAGAGUAUUUUCGGUUAGCAAUAAAGCAGAAAAAAAUGAAAAUUAUCUCUCUUCAGGAUGAAGAUGGAGAGGAAUACAAUAUACCAGCGUCUGAUGAAGAUUAUGAGAAAAUAAUAAAUGGAGAUUAUCAGUUGGCUAAUAUCUACUUGCAAAAAGAGAUUGAAAGGAAGAAUAGGCUCUUAGCCUAUCAGCUUCUAUUAAAUGAGAAAGCCGAUGACCCAAAAACUAGCAGCAUUGGUCAAAGAGACAAAGUUCAAGGGACUCAGGACAGUAAUCUAGCACUAAAAGCUAGUUGUAGCUUUUUUUGUAACAAACAAAGUAACAGCACAGUAUCAGUGUUAAAUGAGGAAACAGAUGAUGUACUAAAUUAUAUUGAAAUGGAAAGCUCAGCAGAAGGAUCUCUCUAUGAAAAUUCAUCAAUGUUAACUGAUUUUAAUGCUUCAUCACGUUGGUCAGAUAAAGAAACAAAAUUAUUAAUAGAGCUGUUUAAAACCAAUUUUGAGAAAUUAAAUGACAAAAAAUAUAAAAGCAAGUCAAUCUAUGCUGAAAUUUCUAAACAUUUCUCAAGAUUUACAACUGAACAAGUGGAGAGCAAAAUAAAAAAUCUAAAAAAGAGUUAUAAAUCCAUUCUUGACAAUAACAGUAAAACUGGUCGAGGGAAAAUCACUUGGCCAUAUUUUACAAGUAUGAAUGAAAUUUUUGGUCGAGACCCGGAAAAUAGCCCAAUGAGUAUUGCAUCAAAUACCUUGGGAUUUAUUAAAAGUCCUGAUAGUCAGGAUACUUCAGACAGUGAAAAUAUAUCUGAAACCCCUAAAAAAAAGGUAAAAAUUGGAGAUUCUAGAAAACUUUUAGGACAACCUGAAUGGUUUAAAGAGUUGAGAGCAGAAAUGGAGUCUCGCCAUAGGGAGAGAAUGGAGAAACAGCAGCAGUUUCUGGACAUAUUUAGAGAAUAUGUGAAUAAGUCAAAGUAAAAAAUACUAAUUAUUUAUAUAAAAAAAAUUAUACCCUAUGGGGGAGUCUUUGUCUAUUUGGGAUUCUCAUGUUCGAGUGAAGAAUAAAUAACAGCGUAUUAUUUAACAGUAUAUAUAUUUUUAUAUUAAGAAAUAAUUGCAAUGUUGCUGUAAAAUAAAACAUAUUAAUAAG